CUCAAGACUUUGAACUUGAACUUUGAACUUUUUUUGUAGUUCGAUUUUCUGGUUUAUCGACUCGACAUUAUGCCUGCUCGUGUCGCUCGUUCGAGCGUGGCCAUCGCCAAACCUACAAAUGCUCGCAAGAAGUCACAAAAACGCACUCUAGAUGCUUUUGCAAUCGCCUCGCAUUCCGCCCCGGAUACAUACAAAGUUCGCCAACAUCGCCUGGGUGAUUCGGUUGGAGAGCCCCGCCAAAAACGCAGAAGACUCGAAGAUGAUGACGAAGACGACAACGACGAGGAGCAUGCCAGCAACGCCCGACGACUGCAACAAAAGACGGUGACCAAGAGAACUGGUACCGGAAGAAGAGGAGGCUUGGAUGAGGAGACAGAUGAGGGAAGCGAUAGUGACGGCAACGAGUGGCGCAUGGGUGGCCACAUCGGCGACGAAAGCGACAGUGACCUUGACAGUGAUGAAGCUUUCGGGGAGAGCGAUGAGGAGCGUUUUGAAGGUUUCACCUUCAGAGGAAGUUCGACAAAUGGUCCCUCGAAGAAGAAGAAGAAGAGGCCGCAACCUGCCUCGGAAAUGGAUCUCGACGAAGGCGGCAACAGCGAAGAUGACGAGUCGGCCAGCGACUUCGGCGACGAGGGUGUCGAUCUUGCUACCAUGCUCGACGAGAACAACGAAGACGACCUUAUGCAGACGGAGGAGAAGCACGGAGACGACUCGGAAGAAGACUCUGACGACGAGGAUGAUGAUGCAGAAGAAGAGUCAGAAGACGACGAAUCAGAGGAAGAAUCCGACGAAGACGAUGCUACCAAGCUAUCCAAGUUGCAGGAUCUGGUCGCUUCGCUGAACAAGGACAACCCGGAGAAGCGCAUUGGUGGACGUACACAAGACGCCCACGAGUCGCAAGAACCCUCAGCAUACGGAUUGUCUGCGUCACAGAAGCUCAAGAUUUCCGAUUUGCUACCUACAGUUACCGAUCCUGCUCUUCGCAAGUCCCUGAAGCUUCUGACCGCUGAGAAGACGACCAAGCGCUCAGGCAUUCCUGGAAAGCUCGACGCUCCCCUGCCAAAGAGACAACAAGACAAGCUAGACAGAGCUGCUGCUACUCAAGAAACCAAAAAGACUCUCGACCGAUGGCGCGACACCGUCAUCCAGAACCGCAGAGCCGAGUUCCUCCAGUUUCCUCUCGCAGACCCCAACGCCAUCGAAGCCGUCGGUACCCAGAAGAUGCUCCCCAUCCAACAAGACAAACCCGCCAACGAACUCGAAAGCGCUAUUCAGAAUAUCCUCGAAGAGAGUGGUCUCAGCAACAAGCAAAAGCAAGGCAAAGAGGAGGACCAGCUUCAGCAAUUUGAAGAGCUGCAGAUGAACAAGAUCCCCAUCGAGGAGGUCAUGGCUAGACGUGCCGAACUCCGCAAGGCCAGAGAACUGCUUUUCAGAGAAGAAGUCAAGGCCAAGCGCGUCAAGAAGAUCAAGUCAAAGGCUUACCGCCGCGUCCAUCGCAAGGAGCGUGAACGUGCCGAGGCCGCUGAGCGCGAUUACCUUGUAGCUGAAGGCAUCGAGGACGAGGAUGAGAAGGAGAAGAACGACCGAAGACGUGCCGAGGAGAGAAUGGGCACCAAGCACAAGGACAGCAAGUGGUCAAAGGCCAUGAAGAAGUCAAAUCGUUCUGUCUGGGACGAGGAUGCCAGAGAGGGUCUGAUCGACAUGGCCAGACGUAAUGAAGAGCUCAGAAGGAGAAUCGAGGGCAAGGAUGUCUAUGACCGUGAGAGUGACGACUCAGACAUCAGUGUCAGCGACGACGAGGAUGAAGAGCUCGACGAUGACGAACUCGAGAGGGCUCGUCUAUCCAAGAAGAUCGACAAGCUCGGCGCCAAAGAUGGAGAGAAGUCCAAGAUCGGAAACAUGGCCUUCAUGCUCCGAGCUGAGGCGUCACGAAAGGCUCAAAACGAGGAAGAUAUUGAGCGUCUGAGAAAAGACCUGGCUGACGAGGCUGGUGAGAGUGAGGAAGAGGCAGAGACUACUGUUGGUCGUGCUAUCUUCGGACCUAAGCCCAAGCAAGGUGCUGCUAAUCCUUUCAAGGCCACUCCUCGUGGUGAGCUUGAAGAGAACAAGGCUCUCGAUGAAGAAGACAACCGCGAGAUGGAGGACGAAGCUGAGAUCAAGGUCGGUGAGCAAAAAGACACCAAGCCAGCUCCUCAGUCAAGAAAGUCAAGAUCUUUCCUCCAAAACGCGCAAAAGGUUGUCGCCGACGUCGACGAGCCCAAGGAGCCUGAAGAGAACGCUUGGUUGACCGGUUCUUCCAAGAGCAAGAAGAAGAACAAGAAGGCUUCGGAAGAUGAGAUCCUCGAUCUCUCCAAGCCUACACCCGCAUCCGUACCUGCGGCAGCAAAACCCGCCGCGUCCAAUAAGAAGGCCCAAGCAAAGAAGACAAUCAAACCCUCUGCCAACGAAACAAAUGCCCCCUCAACCGAAGGCUGGGAAACAGUCAAGUAUGACAACGACCAAGAAGAAGCCGACGCCGAGGAGGACAACAGAAUCAACCCCAUGCUCUCUUCCAAGGACAAACAAGCCCUUUUCCACCAACGUGCUUUCGCUGGCGACGACGUAGCCGCCGACUUCUCCACCGAAAAAGAAGCCGCAAUUGAGGAUGAAGGCGACAAAGUCGAAUCCACCUUCCUUCCCGGGUGGGGCUCCUGGACCGGUGAUGGUCUCUCCAAGGCCGUGAAGAAGCAAAACAAACGCGCCGCCCACAACCCUCUGCAUAAAAAGGUUACUGAAGGUGUCAAAGCCGCAAAUCGCAAAGAUGCAAAACUGCAAAAUGUGAUCAUUUCAGAGGCGCAGCAGAGAAAGGGAAAGAAGUAUUUGGCGUCUACUUUGCCGCAUCAGUUCGAGAAGAGGGAGCAGUAUGAGAGGAGUUUGCGUGUACCGGUGGGUCCCGAGUGGACUACCAAGGAGACUUUCCAGCGUAACACGAGGCCCAGAGUUGUUGUCAAACAGGGUAUCAUUGCCCCCAUGGAGAAGCCUUUGCUGUAGGCAUCUCCUUCCUUUCUUAUAUAAUGGCAUUAGAACGAGUCGAAAGUUCAUGAAUCACAAAAGUAUUUGCAUGGUAA